AUGUACCAGUACAUGGCCCAACACCGGCUCAGCAAGAGCACACUGCACUCCAAUGAACACUGGGCGUCGCUUCUCCGAGCUAUCAACUGCGCGUUUCCAGAAUACAGUGGCAUUAUCACGACCCGCAUCGAACGCAGACUCGCCUGUCUCCACGACCAUCUCCGCGACCGAGGUCUUAUAGAACAGAAGGGAAUUGGCCGCCAUGCCACGACCGUGUGGCCAGAGCAAACACGUGAGAGAAUACUAGCACGCGGAUGGAUGGGGGAUCUUUCUGCGCUUGCUUUGCCUUUGGUUGCAGACAUGGGCUUGGUCGCCGAGGAAACCGCAGCUGGGAAGCCCGCGUUCUCUGAUUACGACCCGUCGAUCAGCGACUUGGAUCGAGCAGAUCUGGCAUCCGAGUUUUCGGCCGCUCUCUCCUUUAGCGACACUCAUCCAUAUCCGGGAGCCAAACACCACGGACACCUCGCUCGGUACUGCCCUUCUCCACCUGCGUCACCUUCUCUUCGUAAAGCGCGGAUUCGUGGGCUAUCUCAUUCCCGCUGGGCAGACGUGAGUAGCGUUCAGCCGACUGUUGUCGGACGACACACAUCGGGUACUCCAUUCCGCGACAUGGACUUUGGGACCGACCGUGGUAGCAUUCAGCCUAGCAUUGUUCGACAAAGUGAUCCGCACUCGUUCGAACCGGCUGACUUCACCGACGACGAUGGGGCCAGCAUUCAGCCCAGCAUCGUUAGACGUCGCUCACCACCGGUCGAGCGGGUGCUUUUUCCCCCAGCGAAACCCCAGGCCGCUCCUGAUGUGCCGCUCGGCUGGCCUAUCUCGCCAUACUCGGAUGACAGCGACAUGGACAGUUCAGUGUCCAUCCCGCCCCCUCUCUUCUCCGGAUCUCGCCCACGUCGCCCUGUGUCCGAAGUUUUCGAGCUCCCUGGGUCAGACGUGCCGACACAAUUACAUCAGCAUCCACAGCGCCCUCAAACAGACGAUCCUCGCCUGACAGAGCCUUCCGACCGCUGCCAACCCUCUCUCUCGAGCGAAACGGACCAGCAGCACGAAACUGACACUCUGCUCUUGGAGCGUUGGAGGCAAGCCAAUGCCAAGCAGCGCGACAACGAAAUACUGAAAAGACUCCAUCCACUCGAGCAGGCCGCCGCUGCCGUCGAGGUUGCUGAGCUGGAUUGGUGCGACUUGUUCCACCAAAGGUACCUCAACUGGAUACGCAUGUCCCUGGCUGUCAUGGAUGGUCUGUCCCACCCAGGUGCGAACAUGGGGUGUGCCCUGGAUAAGCUGCAGGUCGUUUGUGCUCAAGCCAUGGCGGACGAAACCAGCGACGUGAUGAUUGCAGCUGCUGGUCGAUCAGCCCAAUGCCGACAAAGCUAUGAUGCUCUGAAGACAGAGGUGGCUCGUCACCCAUAUUUUCAGUGA